UAAUGCAGGAAACAAGAUUAACAUAAUCUGUUCAAAGUUUCUGCAGUACUAUACAUUAUUUUACUGUUGAAUGUUGGUGCAUUUUGUAAAAUAAGUAUUGUAUUAUCGGUUCUUGGUUUUUGAAGCCUCUAAAAACAGGAAAAUAUGAGAUUUUAUCUGAUUGCCCUAUUCUUUAUUGGGAUAUUUUUCCAAACAAUCUCUCCAGAAAGACUACCAUCUUUAGAAAUCUCCACCUAUAAACUACAUCUCACCCUAAAUGAAAGCACAUUCUACACAGAACCCUACCAAUUUAAGGGUUAUUUACAAACAAAACUCACUGUGAGUAGCGCGUACGGCACUGACUUGCAACUGCACGCUGAUCCUGACUUUAUCACCAUCGAAAAAAUCUUCUUGGACGACACUGAAAUGACAGAGUAUUUUUUCAAUACAUCCAGUGAUGUUCUAACUAUAGAGAAUACCAAGAAUAAAAUCGGCGAUAUUUAUGGAGUCACCCUGUAUAUUCAUUACAGAAGCAGACUGAGCACGAAUGACAUGUACGGACUGUACAGGACCAGUUUUGGCAGUAAAGGAGCCGAAAAAUACAUAGCAUUAUCGCAAUUUUCUCCAAACUUUGCCAGAAGAGUCUUCCCCUGCUUCGACGAACCAACGUUCAAGACAAAUUUCCAAUUUUACGUUAGCUAUACAGAGGGUAUCGAAGUUUUCUCAAACACUUUGGGCAGUGUUAUCGAUACUACCGACGUUAUCGGUGACGAUCCAACUUUAGAAACAAUCGAGUUCAAAGGAACCAGAAAAUUAUCGUCUUACAUGACCUCGCUGAUUUUUAUGCACAAAGACGACUUCUCUUGCAGUGUUGCAGCGGAAAAUGUGUCAGAGUACGGUGGGGUAUACAGGGUGUGUUCAAUAUCAGGUUCAGAAUCGUCAAGAACUUGGGCUCUGGAGACUGGACCAACUCUCAUAAGAAAACUCAUCAAUUUUACUAACUUCGUGUAUUUUGACAAAAUGGACUUAAUGGCAGUUCCUCAUUCUGUUGUAGCAGCCGAAGAAAAUUGGGGACUUAUUACAUUCAGAGAAGAAAAUUUAUUAUUUAACACAGAUGAUGCCAGUAUAUUAGAUCUGGAACGUAUCACAAUGCUUAUGGCUUACGAAUUUGCUCAAAUGUGGUUUGGAAAUGUUGCAACGCCGCAGUGGUGGUCGAUAUCUUACGUCACCAAAGGUUUAGCAACGUAUUUGCAAUACUUUAUUACACACCAAAUAUUUGAAGAAUGGGAACUGGACAAGCAAUUUUUGAGCAAUGUCCUUCAUCCGGCCUUUGAAAUUGACUCUUUUAUUGAUUCGCCGCCUUUAAAUGCAGAUGCAGAAAGCAGAUCAGAUAUUAUCACUAAGUUGGAUAAAAUCACAAACUUAAAAGGAGCUUGCUUGUUCAGGAUGCUAAAAGAAGUGAUAGCAGGCUAUGAGAAAUUUAGACAGGGAAUAGAAUACUUUCUAACCUCAUUUUCGUAUAAAAAUACAGAAUCUCAAGGACUAUGGAACUUGAUCAGUGCCCAAUUGAACUUCCAAAGAGGACUAUUACCUACUAAUAAAGUACUAAAAGAAGUACUACUAAACUGGGAGGUGUAUCCAGGUUAUCCACUGUUGGAAGUAAGCAGAGAUAGCUACAAAACAUUUUUCAUAAAACAAAAGGGUAGGUUUUUAUAUUCUGGUUUGAACGAAACGUACCAAUGGUACAUACCAGUGAGUUAUACCCUGUCUACGAAUUUAACACAGUUUGAAAACGCAACUUUAAGCCAAUGGUUGUUGCCUAACGAGACAAUUGAAAUAUUUGUGCCUACCAUUAAUGAGAAAUGGAUUAUCUUAAACACUCAAGCUGCAGGGUACUAUAGGGUUCAUUAUGGAGAAACAUGGUCCAAUAUCUCUGAAGGAUUGCAAGAUACAAACUUUUCGGGAAUCCCAGAGCUAAACAGAGCUCAGCUUUUAAACGAUAUGUUCUCCCUUGCUAGAGCUAACAUAGUAAACUAUACCACAGCUUUAAAUUUCACGAAAUAUCUGAAAAAUGAAGAAGACCACUAUCCUUGGACCAGUGCUCUUGGAGGUUUCAACUAUAUCUUAAGAAGAAUCUAUAAUAGAUCCAAACUUAAAUCAGCUCUUUUAGACUUUCUAUCUGGUCUUAUAACCAACGUCUAUGGUACAGUUCCUUGGAAUAAGUUGGACGAUUCAAAUUAUUCUUACACUUUGAAACAGGUUGAUAUUUUGACAGGGGCAUGUCAUUUCGGACAUGCCGAAUGUGUAGAAAAUGCAGUGGGGAUGUUUGAGGACUUUAAAACGAAUGGAAACAGACCAAACAAAAAUCUUAGAGAGCUGGUAUAUUGUCUUGGACUCAGACACGCUAAAGACUCUAAAGAAAAUUGGAACUUUUUAUGGAAUAUCUUCGAAGCAACUACAAUAGAAUCAGAAAAACUGAAACUAAUUAAUGCUUUUGGUUGCUCAACUAAUGAGGACCUACUAAAAUCGUAUUUAGCUAUGACCUUAGACAGUGAUUCUGAAAUUAAGCCUCAUCAAGCUUCUACAGUUUUUGCAGCAGUAUAUAAAGGUAGUAACUUAGGUGCUAGGUUGGCUUUCGAAUUUUUAGCAGAAAACCAAGAAGAAAUUAUAACAAGGUACCAAGACAUGAACUGCUUGAAGUCCAUAGGUCUCGACUUGGCCGAGCAUUUGACAUCUGUCAGCCACAAGGAUAAGAUCAAGACAUUCUUUUUUAACCGUACUGAUGAGUUCAAACCUGUGUCUAAGCAAGUACUAGAAGUAGUGGAAAACAACGAAAUAUGGUUAGAAGAAAACUUACAAGAGUUGUACGACCAUUUUUCUUUGGAUCCCGACGAUGAAAUCAUUAUUCCCGACGAACCAUCCAAAGCAGAAGCUUAUAAUUCUCAAUUUAUUUUAAUUUUGUUAAGUAUAAUUGUUUAUUAUGUAUAGAAUAAUUUUUUAGAAAAUAAAAGACACAUUUUUUA